AUGGCUGCAGAAUUGAGAACUUCCAAUGCCAACACUGAGGCUGCGCCAUCGGGAUUAACGACUGUCGACAUUGACCCUGAAGGUGAUCUCCUAAUAGACGCAAAUUCUUGCAGGUUUCGCGUCUGCUCCAAUGCCCUUCGUCGACAGUCGCCAGUCUGGCAACAGAUGUUGUUUGGUCCGUGGAAGGAAGCCAAACCCACGGACGGAUCCGCAUGGAUUGUCGAGUUUCCCGAUGACCCUGCCUACCCAUUGCGCAUCAUCCUUUUCAUCAUACACGGAAAAUUCGAACUUGUCCCGCCUCAUCCACUUGUCAUCAGUAUCUACAAUAUUUUGAUCUUAGCUCAGAAGUACGACAUGAUCGGCAUUGCGAGGCCAUGGUGUUCACAGUGGCUAAAAGCCGCUAGCGAAUUCAACCUUCCAGCGGCAGAUGUGGUUAGGUCCUUGUACAUCGCAUGGGAAUUAGGCGAUGAACACCUCUUCGCUUUGAGACUUGAAGAGAUCUCCGUACAGGCUCGAAUCGACUCAGAGUACCGCUUAGUAUAUGGCGAAGAUAUUAUCCUUGAAGAUGAAAUUCAUCUUGGCCCGUACGAUGUACUGGACUAUUUUCGAUAUACGUAUGGCUUUGCUUGA